CUUCCUCUGUUCGUAAUCUACCGGACAAAGCCAUGGUAGCCCCUCCUUCCCAGCCUCUCACUGGCGACUAAUCACCCCGCAGAAUAUCUCUCUCUCUCUCUCUCUCUCUCUCUACAAAGCAUGUGAUCCUUUCAAACGGUACCAACAAGACAUAACCACCUACCAUGUCUGCAUGCCAAUCCUCCUCACUACUAUCCCACAAGGCCUCCCUAUCCCCCUUCAAACCCCAUCUCUUCCGCCAACGCUGCCGCCGGCGAUUCCCAUUUCUCGGCGAUCCAUCUCGAAUUCAUCCCCCUGCACUACCCUCCCGAUGCCUAUUCCACCAAAUUUCGCCCAAACUCUCGGUUUCUUCCUCUCUGAGCACCGUGGUUUCUACCUCCGGCAAUGCGAUUGCCGCGGCGGCGGCCGUCGGCUCAGGCUCGGCGCACGCCGCCGUGACCUCUGCGAUAACCCAAGUCGCGGUUACUGCCGUGGCCAUUGCCUCAGGGGCGUGCCUCUCAACCAAGGUUGAUUUCUUGUGGCCCAAAGUGGAGGAGAAACCGGGUUCUCUAAUAUUGGAUGGAGUAGAUGUGACUGGGUAUCCUAUAUUUAAUGAUGCAAAGGUGCAAAAGGCUAUUGCAUUUGCUAAGAGUGCUCACCAUGGCCAGCUAAGGAAAACAGGAGAUCCUUAUUCAACACAUUGUUUGCAUACGGGAAGAAUCUUAGCAAUGUUAGUUCCAUCAAGUGGAAAACGAGCUAUUGAUACAGUUGUGGCUGGAAUUCUACAUGAUGUAGUUGAUGAUACAUGUGUAAGUUUGGGAUGCAUGGAAGAAGUUUUUGGUGAUGAUGUAGCAAAGUUGGUAGCCGGUGUUUCCAAGUUAAGCUAUGUUAAUCAGCUGUUACGUAGACAUCGCAGAGUAAAUGUGAACCAGGUUAGCCUAGGUCAUGAAGAGGCUAACAAUAUACGGGUGAUGCUUUUGGGCAUGGUUGAUGAUCCACGUGUUGUACUCAUCAAGCUUGCAGAUCGUCUUCAUAACAUGAGGACCAUUUAUGCUCUGCCACCAACCAAGGCUCAAGCUGUUGCACAGGAGACAUUAGUUAUUUGGUGCUCACUGGCUUCCAAAUUAGGUUUGUGGGCUUUAAAAGCUGAACUGGAGGAUCUAUGCUUUGCUGUUCUUCAGCCUCAAAUGUUUUGUCAAAUGCGAGCUGAUCUAGCUUCUAGGUGGAGUCCUAGCAAAAAGGCAGGGAACCCAAGGAGAAUAUUUGCAAAAUCCAGCUUGCUGCCACCCUUGAACAAGGGAAACACAAUACAUGACAAUGAAGGUUCCAUGGAAAUUGACGAGGACAUCAUGUGCAUGAAGGAUUUAGUGCAAUCUGUACUGCCUUUUGAUGUGUUACUAGAUCGGAGAAGACGGCUUGAUUUUCUUGGUAGUCUUGGAAAAGUUAUGAAGAAUGAAGCAAAACCAAAAGUUUUGAGGGAUGCUAGAAUUGCUUUAGCAUCACUAGUAGUUUGUGAAGAAGCACUCGAGCGGGAGUUGCUUAUAUCAACUUCUUACGUUCCAGGAAUGGAAGUAACUUUGUCAAGUCGCCUGAAAAGCUUAUAUAGCAUCUACAGCAAGAUGAAACGAAAGGAUGUUGGCAUUGACAAAGUAUAUGAUGCCCGUGCAUUGAGGGUAAUUGUUGGUGACAAAAAUGGAACUCUACAUGGACCUGCAGUUACAUGUUGCUACAAUCUUCUUAACAUUAUACACAGGCUUUGGAGUCCUAUUGAUGGUGAAUUUGAUGACUACAUUGUUAAUCCAAAGACUAGUGGGUAUCAGUCUCUACACACUGCAGUGCAAGGUCCUGACUCUUCACCUUUGGAAGUUCAAAUAAGGACACAGAGGAUGCAUGAGUAUGCUGAGCAUGGACUUGCUGCACAUUGGCUUUAUAAGGAAAGUGAAAACAAGUUGCCUUCAAUGACCAGUCUAAAUGAUUCUGAUAUUGAACCGUCCUCAUGUUUCUCCAAUGAUUUGGAAGAUCAGAAUUCUGAUGAUUAUGUCUGUCAGAAGUACAGUUCCCUAAAAGUAGGACACCCUGUUCUUAGAGUGGAUGGAAGUCACUUACUUGCUGCUGUUGUCGUCAGGGUAGAUAAGGGUGGGAGAGAGCUACUUGUUGCUGUGAGCUUUGGACUUGCAGCUUCAGAAGCUGUAGUCAACAGAAGAUCUUCUUUUCAAAUAAAGCGAUGGGAAGCUUAUGCAAGGUUAUACAAAAAGGUCUCUGAUGAGUGGUGGUUUGAGCCAGGACAUGGGGAUUGGUGUACUUGUUUGGAGAAGUAUACACUUUGCAGAGAUGGAAUGUACCACAAGGAGGAUCAAUUUCAGCGCCUGCUUCCCACUUUCAUUCAAGUCAUUGAUCUGACAGAGCAGGAGAAAUCUGAAUAUUGGGCUGUUAUAUCUGCUGUUUUUGAUGAUAAACAGAUUGCUUCUAUUGCAUCCAACUCCUGCUCGUAUGAGAGGCCAAGCAACAACCCUGUGAGGUCAACUUCCAUUGAAGCCAACAUCAACAAUAAGGUACAUUUAUUGAGGACAAUGCUUCAAUGGGAGGAGCAGCUGCGCUCUGAAGUGACGCUCGGGCGAGCAAAUCAGGGUAAUAAAGUGAAUGCUGGACUUGAAUCUGUUGUGUUUGGGGAGGUGGUUAUUGUAUGUUGGCCCCUCGGUGAGAUGAUGAGAUUGAGGAGCGGGAGCACAGCUGCAGAUGCUGCAAGAAGAGCAGGACUUGAAGGAAAGCUGGUUUUGGUAAAUGGCCAGCUUGUGUUGCCAAACACACAGCUCAAAGAUGGGGAUAUUGUUGAAGUCAGGGUGUGAAUAAAAAUCUAUAGUGAUGAAUGUAGUUGGUCAGCUUGCCUCAUCUUUUAGAAUUUGAUGGAAGGUGGGGGAUUGGAAUUUAUAGCCAUUCUUUUUCAGUAUAUUAUCAGCUUUGUUUCAGGAAUUUUAACAUGGAAGAGGCUUAUGUAUAUAUAUGCAUUUUUAAUGGUUAGGUCAGUGUACAUACAAUUGAUCUUAUUGUAAUCAAUUAAAAAUUUAUUUACAAA